UGUAGGUACGAAGCAUUCAGAGUACUUCAAAAGUCGUCCAGAAUAUUCAGAAGAAUGGUCAAAUAUGCAGGAGGAAGAACAGAAUAAAAUACAAAGAUUGAAAGCAAAACUCCCUGACGACAAGGGAUGUUUUUGGUUCAUUGGCCAUUAUGGUGCUGGCAAGUCAAGCACCAUUAGUUCAUUUCAAAGUUUAAGAGAUGGUGGGAUUUCAACCAUCGCUAUUCCUGGAGGAGCAGAAGAAACAUUAACGAAAGAGGUGUCCAGUACUGAUAUGCUUGGCGGGAACGUAAAGCUGUUUGACUUCCCUGGUUUUCAGAAGAAAGGAACGAUUGAUGAAUCCAUCGCCAUGCGUAAGCUUAUUGAGGACAAAAUAAAAAGCAAGUCAGAG